UUUGUCAUCUUGGUAGGUGAGAAUGACGUUUAACUUUGAAGUCUGUCCUACAUGACGUUUGAUUGUGAUGUCUGUGACGGGUGACCGUUUCCUCUGACGCACCGUGCCCGCGAAAGACCGGCGCAGUGGCAUAAAAAAAGCAAAACUUAAAAGAGCCACUCAGCUGCUCUUGGUAGGUGAUGGCAUCUACCAAGAAGAAGUUGAGGAUGCGCAAGAAGUUUUCCCCCAAAGAUGGAGCCAGCAAAGUGUCACAGACUGUAUUGGUGGAAGCAUCUCCAGACUCCAAAUGCCCCAUUUGCCUGGACAAAUUCAACAACAUGGCACACUUGGACCGCUGCCUUCACAAGUUCUGCUUCCGGUGCAUACAUGAGUGGUCCAAAAACAAAGCAGAGUGCCCGCUAUGCAAGCAGCCUUUCAACUCCAUCUUCCACACCGUAAAAGCCGAGGACGACUUCAAGGAAUUCGUCCUGCGCCCGACGGAAAACGGCUCUUUUGGCAGCCCAGACGGGCAUCGGUUCAGGUACCGCACCACCUUGACAAGAGAGCGCAGGCAGUUCAAUCCCCCGAGGAGGACAUCGCCACCCCCAGACAAUGGGGUGAUGUUUGAAAGCCUGAGCAGUGCAUCCGCGCAGCAGCACAACAGAGGAAUUCACCGCAUGAUGCUGAGGCUGGCUGCAAGGAGGAGAGCCCAGAUUGAGGGAAGGUCUGUGCGUCACAUGCGGGAACAAGAGAUCAUCAACUUCAGGCGGGCUCUGUAUCGCACUGGCGUGCGGGUAAGGAGUGUCCGAGAUGGGGGGCGCUAUCGGGACAUCUCUGCUGAAUUCUUCCAGAGGAACCCAGCUUGUCUACACCGUCUCGUGCCCUGGCUGAAAAGGGAGCUGACUGUGCUUUACGGUGCUCAUGGCUCUCUGGUGAACAUUGUGCAACACAUCAUCAUGUCCCGCAUCACUAGAUACAACAUGGAAGACCAAGCCAUCCAGGAUGAGCUGCGGCCCUUCUUGCUGACUCGCACUGACCACUUCCUACAUGAGUUUAUCAGCUUUGCACGGUCCCCUUACAAUAUGGAUGCCUAUGACCAGCAUGCCAUUUAUGACUGCCCUGCACCGUCUUAUGAAGAAGGCAGCAGCUCGGACUCAUCAGUCAUUACCAUUUCGGCCGAUGAAGCUGAUUCUGGAGAGCGGAAUCGCCCUUCCCUCAGCGUGGCAGGCAGUGGCUUGAGCCAAGCGCCGUGGGACGAUGAAACUCCUGGCCCAUCUUACUCAACAGUAGAACAGGUACAGCUGCCCUCACGGUCUGUCAGUGAAUCAGAGUCUGAGAGCAGCAGAGAGGAAGAAAGGGCACCUGGGCCUUCUCGGCAACAGAGCAAUCAAGUAAAAACUGAUCCAGCCAGUAAUGAAGGUGGCAAUGCCUCAUCAGGUGAAGAAGACUGCGUGAUUGUGGGUUAUGUCAAGCCAAUGGCUGAAAGGACACCUGAACUUGUCCAGCUGUCCUCUGAUUCUGAAGAGUCUGUCAACAAUGAAACUGCAGAGGUACCAGAACAACCUGAACACAUUAGAUUCUGUAGCAUUAGUCCACCGUCUACUGUAUGCUCCUCACUGUCUAAAGACAAAUCUCCAGACAGAUGUGAUCAAUCCAGCAAGAUGUUGGAGAGGAAAGACCAAGAUCGGUCAUCAUUUGGUGAAACAGAAAGGCAGCCUUCUGAACGCAGGAGUUCACCUUCAGCAGACAGAGAGAGGGCUUCGAGAGAGAAAGACAGAAGCAGUUCAAAACAUUACAGCAAAGACAGACAUGCUUAUGAGGAUGACCGAAGGCGACACAGGCAAAACAGGUCAAGAGACAGAACGAGGUCACGGAGCAAAGAAAGGUCUCAUCAUAGGAGCAGGAGGAGAUCUCGAAGCAGAGAACGGAGUUGGUCAGUAAGGAGCCCAACCAUAUCGAUAAACAGCGAUAGCACGCUUUCAAGAAGCAGGCAGCAUUCAAGAUCACGCAGUAGAGACUAUCCUUCCUCUAGGGAUGCUAUAUGGCCCAUAAGUCGGGACAAGGACUACAGCUACUCUAGACACAACCAUGAGAAAUCUUAUUCAUACCACUGGGACUCCUACAGUCGCUACAGCAGAGACAGAGAUAACAGCGAUUCAUUGUAUGUGCAGAACAGGUCCUAUUACACUAGUUACUGCAUGAGCCCAGGCUAUGGCGCCUGUUCUCGCUCCCGAAGUAGAAGCCGGAGCAGUCACAGGGAUUCCCACCACCGCCGGGAAAGGAGGCGUUCAAGAACUUUGUCCAGCACAAGUUCCCGGGAAUCCCACGGAGCUCACCGAAGAUCAAGGCUUGAAAAACCAAGUGGGAAAAGGAAAUACAAGACUCGCCAUUUGGAGGCAACCUCCAAAGACAAAGCAUCCAAGUCGCACGUAUCCUCCUCAUCCAGCCUCCGGGAGAGGAAGGAGAACAGCGAAAGACAUCACAAGAAGUCCCGAAGGAAGAGCCGAAGCCCGAGUGUGGAGAUCGUAUACGAGGGGAAGGCCACGGGAGAGAGCCGGCGGCACCACAAGAAGAAGAAGAAGCACAAAAAGAAAAGCAGGAGGCACAGAAGCAAGGACAGAGCACCUCAGAGAUCGCCGACUGUUAUCACCAUCGACAGUGACAGUGACGGCAGUGUGAGAGGCAAAGAUUGCCAGAUCAAUGAAAAUGAGGUUUCUACCACUACUGGCAGCUGUGCUGAGACCACUGUGCCUGAAACUAGCUUGCAAGUCACUGAGGAGCGAGAGCUGUCAGUUGAUCAGGACAGUCAUGGGGACGUGGUGAAGACUGAGGCAGCCUCUGUAAUAGAUGGUCUAAUCAGUGACAAGUGUGACAUUAUGUGUAGUGUAAUUGCACAGACAUCCUUUGCCUUGGAGGGUGAUGCAAGUAGCUCAAGCCCUUCGAACGCCAGGGAACGCCACUCUUUGGAGCAGAGGGAUUCAGGAAACUCCACAGCAGCAGAGGCAGGGCCCUUGGCUACUGGUUCUCAGACUGAAUGUCCAAAUGAGAGCCCUCACCUGAACCAUGCCUGCACCCCCCCUCCUUAGACGUUCCACCCUUUCUGGGUACAUGGACAUCAUGAAUUGAACUGCCAAUUAAGCAAAAGUGCAUACAAAAAAUAAAAUUGUUCGGAGAUCAAAUUAUCUUUUUUUUUAAAACAGGUGCAUCUUAUGAAAGUAUCUUUAUGUAAUCGGUGAUAUUCCCUCAAAAACACCCAGAUGUAAAGUUUAGUGAUUUUAUCCAUUUUAUCCUUUCACUCUAGACUUGAGAAUAUGUAAAUUUUCCACUUCACCAUUUACACGUUAUUGAGCCUGUGACUUGAUAACUGAAGGUGUACAAACCAUUCCAGUCACUUUUAGAAGUUGUACAGACAGUGUACAGUCAUUCUCAGGGAAAAGACUUGACAAAUAGCUGCUUUUCACAAUGGUGAUAGUGACCUUCAAGCAUUAUUCUUGAGGUAAUGCGAAAUGGAGCAGUUGUGGAUUUUGUUUAAAUACUGCGUGUACCAUAUUUUAAUCGCAUAAAGACUACGUUUUGGACUGAGGACAGUUGAACUUCCACCUUGCAAGAAUUGUUAUAAAAGAAAUAAAUGUUUAAAACAAG